AUGGAAAUCAUUUCCCUUUGGGUUUCUUUCUGUGGAUCUGUUCGUUGCAGGUCCUCCUGCUUGCGGAAGAUGGAUCAAAAUCGAGACCAGAUCUUGGAUUCCAUUUCCCAGACAUCAUCAAUUUUCAUAAAUCGAACAACAAUGUAAAAUUCUUUCUUUACAAUAGGUAG